AUGGUGGCGACGCUAAACCCGCCGUACUACCUCCUGGGCAAGGAGUGUGGCUACUGCAAAUGUGACAAGCCCGACUGGCACGCGGUGGCCCUGUUCCAACUGCUGGAUCGCCGCUGCCACUCGACGACGCUCGGCACCACCGUCCACGCCAUGUCCCCCCACGACUACGACCACUUCAUCAACCACGGGUGGCGGCGCCUGGGGACGUUUCUUUACAAACCCAACUUGUUGGACAACUGCUGCCGCCUAUACACUAUUCGAACCCGGUUGGCGGACUACCGCCCCACCAAGCACCACCGCAAAGUGGUCAACCGGUUUAUCCGCGAGAUCUCGGGGGCUGACGCCAAACCGGCAAAGGGACCGUUUGACGUAUACCGCCUUCUCGAGGCGGAAAAGACGCUGACCCGGUUCAGAGUGGAGUACGAGCCGCUGGCGUUCACUAAGGAAAAGUAUCAGUUGUACCGCAAGUAUCAGGUCAGCGUCCACAACGACGACCCCGCCGACGUCGACGAAAAACAGUUUGAGCGGUUUCUCUGUCGCCACCCGUUUGCGUCCGUGCCUGACGUCAACGAAGUGCAAGGGUGGCCGCAAAGAUGGUCUCGUCAAGUUCCCAAAAACACCACCGCCUACCGCGGCCCCAUCCACGAGUGCUGGUACCUCGACGAACGCUUGAUUGCCGUCUCGGUGCUUGACGUGCUCCCGCUGGGCCUCUCCUCGAUCUACUUCAUCUGGGACCCCGACUACGCCCACCUCAGUCUCGGGACGCUCUCGGGCGUGCGGGACAUCCUCAUGACCCACGCCUGGGGGUUUGACUACUACUACUUGGGGUACUACAUCCAGGACUGCGUCAAGAUGAAGUAUAAGGGCGACUUUGGCGGAGAGCUCUUGGACGUGGCCAACAAUGUCUACGUCGCCAAGACCAGGGUCGACGAGUUUAUUGACCACGGGCGUUUAUUCGUAUUGGGAGAGACCGGACAAACUACCGAGCCGCAAUGGCGUGAGGGUUUCCCCAUACCGUUCGCCGAGUCGUCGCUUAGCGAGAAAACCGACGGCGAGGCAAUCAACGUUGCCGACGCCGUUUACGGCACUGCUUCAGACACCACCAGUGUGGCGCAAUCACACUUUGACUAUAUCCGUCGCCACUACGGCAUCAAGCUGGUGGCGUUGAUGGACCACCCGCAAAUCAAGCCGCUUCCAGUGGUGAUGCCGGGCGUCGUCCCCAUGGCCCAGAUGCGAGCGUGGCUUGAAAAAGACGAUCUAAGUGACUCGACAGUGAUUAAGGUGAACAUCCAGGGCCACACCACCGAGAUUGAGUAUGGUGAUCUUACCGCGGCGUUUCGAGGGAUUGUCUUUGAUAUGGUCCGCGUGUUUGGUCUCGAGCCGUUCCAAAAGGGGGACAUCAUCAUUGACAUAUAG